CCAAACCAGAAAAAAAAAACAAAAACAAAAAAGAAAAAACAUAUACUAUACACCCAUACUACAUACAGGCACAGAGGAACCAUGAAGAUUACAGAUAAACUAAGAAAAGCAGAAGGAACUGGCAAGAUAUCAUACUCACUAGAGUACUUUCCUCCCAAGACUGAGCAGGGUCUAGUCAAUCUGUUUGAUCGUCUGGACCGAAUGGCAAAACUUAAUCCUGCAUUUGUCUCUUGUACAUGGGGAGCCGGAGGAUCUACUCAGGAUCGCUCCAUUGAACUCUGUUCUACCGUCCAAAGCAUUCAUGGCUUGGACACAUUGAUGCACUUGACCUGUACCAAUAUGGAGAAAGAGAAAAUUGAUAAGGCCUUGGAGGCGGCUAAAGCGGCUGGAAUCCAGAACAUUUUGGCUCUCCGAGGCGAUCCUCCCCGUGGGCAUGAAUAUUGGACCCCUUGUGAAAAUGGAUUCAGUCAUGCAAUUGAUCUUGUGAAGUAUAUUCGUGAAAGAUACGGUGACUAUUUCUGUAUUGGUGUCGCUGGUUAUCCCGAGGGACAUGUAGAUGCUGUUAGCAAAUCGCAGGACUUGCAGUAUCUCAAGGAAAAGGUUGAUGCCGGUGCGGACUUUGUCCUUACACAAUUGUUCUAUGAUGUCGAUGGUUUUGCUCAAUGGAUAAAGGAGUGUAGAAGAUUAGGUAUUCAGGUACCCAUUAUCCCUGGAAUUAUGCCCAUUCCUACCUACCAGACCUUCCGUCGCAUGAUCAAUCUUUGUAAACUUCAUGUGCCUCCUUCAAUGCUGGCCGAAUUAGAAUCCAUCAAAAGUGACGAUGAAAAGGUCAAGGAAUUCGGUGUCAGAUUGGCAGUGAGCAUGAUUUCAGAACUGCAUACAAAGCACAAAAUAUCCACCUUCCAUAUCUCCACACUCAACCUGGAACGCUCAACAAGACUUAUUCUCCAACAACUGAAUCUGGUGCCUAAAGAGAAAGCAUUGUCUGGAGAGAAUCUUCUUGGUUUGCCUGAUAUAAAGGCAACCUCAUGGGGAUCCAAGCUUGUUGAAGUCAAUCUUGCUGAGAGCUGGGACGAGUUUCCUAACGGUCGUUAUGGUGAUUCGAGAUCUCCAGCUUUUGGUGAAAAUACCUUUGGACAAGGACAUGUACAACAGACAUCAGAGGCAACUCGAAAGUGGGGAUAUCCAAAGACUGAAGAGGAUGUCACCAAUCUGUUUACAAAAUAUAUCCUUGGGAAGCUGAGUAGCUUACCGUGGUGUGAGGAUGCACUACAGACAGAGUCAGAUGUGAUUAGCCAACGGUUGGUCGAUAUUAACAAGCGUGGCUAUUGGACGGUCAGCUCUCAGCCUGCUGUGAAUGGUGUGUCGAGUCAAGAUCCCGUACAUGGUUGGGGUCCAAAAGGCGGUUAUGUUUAUCAAAAGGCUUUUAUUGAAUUCUUUGUAUCUGACAAACAAGUCAAAGACCUGUUGAAAUGCCUGGGUGAAAAUGAUGAGAUCACGUAUUAUGCGAUAAACCGUGCUGGUGAAUUAUUGUCCAAUGUGGCCGAUCCAGACGCCCAGAAUGCUGUUACAUGGGGUGUAUUCCCUGGCAAGGAAAUUGUACAGCCAACAUUAAUUGAGAGAGCAAAUUUUGAAGCUUGGAAGGAAGAGGCCUAUCUGCUCUGGACUGAAUGGGAACAGCAAUAUCCUCGUGAAAGUGACACUGCCAAACUACUCCAGUAUAUUGGGGAUCAUUACUGGCUUGUUAAUGUGGUCCAUAAUGACUUUCAGCAACCCGAUAGCUUAUUUGAUGUGAUGAUAUCUUGUUAAGCAGAACUCAAGAAAUAAAUUAUUAUUAUCUUUUUAUUUAUUUAUAU